AUGGCAUACAAGGAGGCUCUCAACCGGCAAGCACACCCCCACUCGCGCGAGCUUCCAGCCUUCAACGACGCCGGCAUGCUCAUGACGCGGUAUCACAGCGAGACCAUUGAGGCGUGGUACUGGAUCUACGUGAACAACAGCCGCGGCCUCCUUCGCCUCGCAGGUGCCCGCCCGCCCGAACCCCCGGUCUACGUGCUCUUCCUGUUCGCGUGGAACGAGCACCGGUGCGUACAGCACAACGAGCAAGUCACCACCGAGUGGCUCACCAGCCCCGUGCCUACCAUCGGGCGGUGGCGCACCGUCCCGUUCGCCGGGUGGCCGCAGCUCCUCAUGCUCGCGCAUGCGUGGCACUCGUGCGCUGACAAGGCCGCGUUCUGGAAGAAAUACAUCAUCACGGAUGGCGCGUUCUCCAUCUGGAUGCCCCGCUCCUUUGCGGAGGAGGAGGCCCUCAAGCGCAGACCUAUCGACAAGAAGGAGGAGGCCAAGCUAUCGGACCUCGAGCUGGAGGAGCGGAAGCCCCGGCCAUACAAACUCAGCGACGUGCUUCCCGCCUUCGACCGCCAGGGCAACCUCUCAACUCUUGACAAGUGGGACAAGGUCCAAGCGCGCAUCUGGUGGUACCCUGGACCAUUGGGGAACUGGGAGCCCCACACCUGGGUCACGAUUUACACCGACUCGAGCGAAGAGUACUGUCUCUUGCAGAACCUUUCGAAGGAGCUUCGAGACGCCAACAACAACCACAACGACCCGCCAGACGUUCACCAAGGGACGCAUCUAUACGGGAAUGGGUUCCAAUACCAACCUAUCGAUUCCGACGAAGAGAAGGCGGCCAAAGACAAGGCGGCCAAAGACAAGGCGGCCAAAGACAAGGUGGCCAAAGACAAGAAGGCCAAAGAAAAGAAGGCCAAAGACAAGAAGUCCAAAGACACGAAGGCCAAAGACAAGAAGGACGACGACAAGAAGGACGACGACACGAAGAACAAACCCGCCGAGCCGCCAGGACCGCGAUACUCUACGCGGACCAACAAUGAGGCCGACUACGUCCAGCCAAAGAUGGAAGAUGGCUUCGUGCAGGUCCCGUUUGAGAGCUGA